AUGAAACGGCGCGCCAUCCUAAGGGCCAUGCAUCGCAUGGAGAGGAGGUUUUUCUUCAACAGCGUCCCCAAGGAGCAGCUAAACAAAAUUGUGAGCGAUUAUUUUUACGUGGAGCAAAAAAUACACAAAGUGAUUGACCACCCGGGGGGAAGAGUCCUCCACCAGGGGGGUGAAACAACUGUAAAAACGGCUCCACUGAUGAGUAAGGAGAACAAACCGAAGGAAAUCGAAGGUGUAGACUACAUAAAGUCGGGACAAAAACAAGCAGAUCAAUUAACCAUCCCAAUUAAUGAAAACCUUUCCAGAUACAUAAAUAGCAGCAAAUGUUUUAUCCACCUGUGCGCCUUCUACAUUCAUAACGAUGAAAAAAAAAAAUUCCUCCAGUUAAUAAAAAAUGCUACGAAGUACUCCUUCGGCUACGAGGACCUCUUCAUCCUCUUUUACUUAAUGUGCAGAGUCAAUUACAGAGAUACUUUCAUCCUUCGGAAGGUCUUAAGCGUCCUUGAAAUAUACUACUUUAAAAUUGACAAUCACUUUUCCUAUGACCUGUCCAAGGUACUCUUCGCCCCGCACUGUAAUUUACACUCCGCCAUAAAUCACAUUCCUCUGAUUUAUAAAGUCAAGUUGGUUAAUAUGGACAGGGGUUCCCGCGUUGGGGGUGAUUUCCCCCAUGGGGAGGUUUCCACGGCGGAUAAUAGCAAACAGAGUGAUACCACCGAAUCAGGUGAUAAGGAGCAAACGCACUCCUCCGGUGAGAAACAACCACAGGGGGAACACCCCACCGUGCAACAUAUAAACGAUACAGAGCCAGAGAACGUCCUCGAAAAUUUGCAAAAUGUGGACAUGGAGCAAUACGAAAAGGAGGUGUCCAAAGAUAGCGUGCAGUUUAUUAACCUAAACGUGAAGAGGGAAAAGCGGAAAAUAAAAGUCAGAGAGGGGAAGCAUCAGGGGCUCAAAUUGAAGGGUACGCUGUUAACUCAGAUAAAAAACGAGGUCAGCAAAAUGAUGAGAGGAAACGUCGACGCGGUCGAACAAAUGGAAGCAUUCGUCGCGCAAGGAGCGGAGGACGAGCGAAACAUGUUCCAGAUGAAAGAAGUACUAACCAUUUUUAUCCAUGACAAAGAGCUGGCGCGGAAAAAUUUGUAUGUGCAGGACUUGAUUGGCGACGUCGUGAAGUACUUUAUCGCCCAAGAGAGGACCCCUCUUCUACGCAGGAACAUGCUAACUCUGCUCGCUUUCAUGGACGCGCAGAACUACUACACGGAUAAGAAAUUAAACCGAGCAGUUGAGCGCGUCCUGGGGGGGUUCAUCGCAAGCAUGAACGAGUGGACCGAGCAGGGCAUAUACGACUUUAUAAAUGGAGUAACGAAGGAGGGGCCAGACAACGGCGUCAUCCAUACUGUUGUGCAUCCUCCCCACGAUGCGCUCUCCUUUCUAUACCACCAGAAUUACACGUACAACUUUGCCUUAUACGAGGAAGACGCACCAUAUCGAAAUAAAUUCCACCACGCAACAAAAAAAUUGCUGAAAAAUUUUAUCUUCCUCCUGAGUUACAUGCUAAGAAUGCCAUUUUUGAAGUUCCACAUUUUGAAGUCCUAUUUAAAUUCGUUUAACAUCUUUUUGGACAUAUUUAUAAAAAACGAAAACGUGUGUGACUCCCUGGAAAUUGGAGAGAUUUCUUUCUUUUGCGAAAGUUUCAUGCGACGCAAAAUUGUGGACUUAAACAUAACCCACAAAAUGCUGCACCUCGUGCGCCUAGCGGUUGGCAAGUGUGUGAAGUUCCACCGUGAGGGAGAAAAUGACCCACACAUGAAGGAUGAUGCUGAUAUUGGGGAGAUAGCUACCUGCCCGAUUUACCUCAAUGACAUUUUGUCCAUCCUGCACUUCCUCCACUUUUACAACCUCACCACAGAGCAGCUGCACUUACAACUGCUGGUGAUCUGCCUGGGCAAUCUUCUCUACCUAAACGACACGCAAAAAUUAAUACUCUUUAAUUGUGUAGAGGCCCUGCGAAGGAAGACCCCCAAUCAGAUCCGCACGCACCUACUGAACUAUUUUAUGUAUGAAAAAAACUUGGAAAUAUUUCUAUCUCGUAAUAAAAAUGUCCAGAGGGAGUCAUUAGGAUUGCUGUUCGUUAAUUAG